AUGGAUCCUUCCUUUUAUAAUUACACCAAUCCUCAGGAUAUGUGGUAUGUUCUGACCGGAAUCCCAGGAUUGGAAGAUUUACACAUCUGGAUCGCUAUUCCUAUCUGUUCUAUGUACAUUGUGGCUGUCGUAGGCAAUAUCUUCCUGAUCUUCCUGAUUGUGACUGAGCACAGUCUUCAUGAGCCUAUGUAUCUUUUCCUUUCCAUGCUGGCCUUAGCAGAUAUUCUUCUUUCCACAGCCACAGCCCCUAAGAUCCUGGCCAUCUUCUGGUUCCAAUCCAUGAAUAUAUCUUUUGGUAGUUGUGUAUCCCAAAUGUUCUUCAUACAUUUCAUCUUUGUAGCUGAAUCUGCUAUUCUCUUGGCAAUGGCUUUUGACCGAUAUGUGGCCAUUUGCUACCCACUAAGAUAUACCACUAUCUUAACCUCCUCAGUCAUUGGCAAGAUUGGUGUGGCAGCUGUUACAAGAAGCUUUAUGAUCUGUUUUCCAUUCAUCUUCCUAGUAUAUAGACUUAAAUAUUGUGGGAAAAGCAUAAUUCCUCACUCUUACUGUGAACACAUGGGUAUUGCAAGAUUGGCCUGUGACAAUAUUAAGGUUAAUAUAAUUUAUGGUCUGACUGUUGCUCUACUGUCUACAGGACUAGAUAUUGUGUUCAUCAUUACCUCCUAUACAUUGAUCCUUUGCACUGUGUUUAGAAUACCUUCUUGGUCUGCCAGAUUUAAAGCCCUUAACACAUGUGGCUCCCACAUCUGUGUCAUACUUAUGUUCUAUGCUCCAGCAUUCUUUUCAUUUUUUGCCCAUCGCUUUGGGAGCAAAACAAUUCCUCAUCAUAUUCAUAUCCUUAUAGCCAACCUCUAUGUGGUAGUGCCUCCUAUGCUAAACCCCAUUAUUUAUGGAGUAAAAACCAAACAGAUACAAGAUAGAGUAAUUGUGUUUUUUUCUUCUAUUAGUACAUGUUGUUAA